AUGACGAGAAAGAGGACAGAAGGACUCGUCGCACUAAACGUUCAAGGUCUCGGAGUCCAUACCGCUCACACAGUCACAAGUAUCAUGACGAUACAAAUGACAAAGGAAAGGAUCAUCGCAACGACCGAGACAAAUACCACGAGCCUUCCGAGAGUCGUGGGCGAAUCAGAAGUCGCAGUGUCGUACGUUAUCCUCUAUUUAUUUUUUGCUGAGUUGUCAUUGACCUUUGAAGAUGUGUGCAUAAAUGCAUUACAGACCGUUGAACAUCGACGCCGAUCUUCCUCGCCUUCGCCAAACUCUGCUGUAUCGAUGUCAUCCGAGGAGCGUGGUGGCAGUAGUCGACAUAGGUUGCGUGAAAAAUCGCCAAGUCGCCGAUCUCGUUCUCGUUCUCGCUCGGAUAGUCGCGAUAUUCGCAAGUCCAAGUCAAAGCACAGAGAGAAAGACCGAGACAAGAAGCACAAGAGGCAUAGGGACAGGGAUAAUGCAAAGGACAAGGAUGAAAGGCGCAGCGUUCUAACAGGCAAGAAGAUCAAGUUGAAAGUUCACAAGGAUGCCAGAGAUCUCGAGAUGGAUGCGAAUAGACAGAACUUGUUGCAAUUCUUGAAUUCGACAUGCGAAUGA